UUGCAUGUUAUGUGUUCGAAUAGAUCUGUGGUGUUUUUGGUGUGCGGAGUGAACAAAACAAUUAACAUUGGCAGCAGUGUGACUGUCUAUGGCAGCAGUGUGACUGUCUAUAGGUUUGGCCAAGUAUUUGAUAUCUGGAUUUAGUUAUACGUCUACUUCAAUGUCCAAAUUCUAGCCGCUCCAUUUCCAUCAUAUAGUGGUCGAAGUCUAUGAAAAUCAAGGUCUGUUGAUGAGAUAUGCUGUCUUCAUCUGUUCCUGUAACUCUGUGUUGGCGUAUUGUAUCUUUUACUAAUUGUUUCCAGGACAUAAUUAUCUGGAAGCCACCCAGUUUAGCUGUAUGACGUAAGGUCGCUGAACAUAACACGGCAUUAGUCUGGUAUUGAUCAGAGGGAACAUUUUCGUGAUAUAAUAAAGUGUUAAGGUAUAUUUAUUUUCAUGCAUUGUGUUUUACAAUACCAUUUCCAAUAAGGAUAUAUCAAUUGCUACAAAACAACAACUGCCCCCGGAGGUCUAAUUUCUAUUUACACCUUCCUUCGCCCAAUUAUAGCACCCAUCACAAAAACAAAUCUGAAUACGGGACACAUUGCGUUCAUGCUUUGGAUAAAGAAAAAACAACAAAAAGGAACAACUGUCCUCAAAGGGAACCAAAAUGGCGACAAAGAACAUUGUGAUGAGUUUUCAGUUACGCGAGGGAAUCCGAAUGGAUGAAGAUGUGUUAAAGACCAUCAGGAGCAUGCCAGGCCUGUGUUUGGAGGGAGAACUAAAUUCCAUGGAGAAUAAAACGGUAUCGCCGGGGACAUACGUCCUCUUAUCGACUAAUCAGAGCGGCAAUCACGUGGUGGUCCAUUGCUAUGACAAUGGUAUGAUAACAGUUGACGUUCAGCAGUUCUUCCCAGAAGUCACCAAGGACCCCCUUCACGACGAAAUCACGACUGCAAAGCAGUUGGAAAUGCGUAUACGCGAUUCCCUCGGGGACCUCUGCAAGUUCAGCAGAUGUUUGCCGGGAAUGAUAAAACGAGGGGAGAUAACUCCAUACUUCUCGUCGGGAAAUGAUGCAUUGUUCGAAUACGAAAACAUUGAACUGGUCUUCGAAAAGGACUCGAAAUGGCAAAAUAUCAAAAUUUACCACAAUCCUGAUGUUGGAAACUUUCUGUGCUUAGACGAUGAUAUUAUGAUUGGUGAGAGCGACCUUAUUUACACCGAGACAUUACUAGGCGUCACACGUAACGAUUUCCGGGAUAAGACGGUGUUGAUUCUCGGUGGUGGAGACGGUGGGUUGUUGUAUGAACUGCUGAAGCAGAAACCAACACACGUUCUGAUGGUGGAGAUUGACGAGGAAGUUGUGAAAGCAUGCAGGACGCACAUGCGCAGAGUGUGCGAAUCGGCAAUGGAUUCGUUGGAAGGACCAAACUACAAGAUUCAGUUUGACGAUUGUGCGAAAGUACUUGAAGAGUGUCGACAACAGGGCCGGAAGUUUGAUUACGUCAUCAAUGAUCUCAGCGAAUAUUUGAUCAACGCAGAGAAUACCAAGUUUGCCUAUGAUUACAACACUACCUGCGUGAUUCUGGAGAUGUCUUUGGGAGUCCUACAUCAAAAUGGAAAAUACCUGUCCAGGGGCAAUAUCGCGUCGGCUACCUCGUACCUCCGGAAGUAUGAAGAAGAUAUGGGAAUUCUGGGUAUGACGUUUCAAAAGUUUAAAGUCUUCGUUCCCUCGUUUAAAGAGGACUAUUUUCUGUACGAAGUUUGGCGAGGCUCGGAAUCAUGAAUACAGACCAAAGUUUAUGAUAUUGUAACAAUUACAAAAAACAAACAAUAAAUCAAAAUGUGGAGUUGUAAAUCUCAA